AUGAGGACCUCCUGUACUUGUCUGCCAUCCUUUCUCGCAGUUGUCACACUUCUCCUGCUGAUUCCUGAAGAUUUUUGUGCAACAAUAAUUGGAGGCUAUGAAGUGGUUCCACACUCAAGACCAUACAUGGUCCUACUUAGAGGAAAAGGAAUCUGCGCUGGGGCUUUGAUUGCAAAAAACUGGGUACUGACUGCAGCUCAUUGUAACAUGGGCAAAGAAGGCAAGGUUAUUCUUGGAGCUCACACAACCGAAACAGAGCCAGAACAACAAAUAAUGUCAAUUAAGAAGGAAAUUCCCUACCCAUGCUAUGAUCCAGACACACAUGAGGGUGAUCUGAAACUCCUAAAGUUGACCAAAAAAGCCACUCUUAAUAAAAAUGUCAUUAUCCUUGAACUACCUAAAAAUGCAGAGGAUGUAAAACCAGGAACAGUGUGUAAAGUUGCAGGGUGGGGGAAGACUAAUAACAAAUCACCUAAUCACUCAGAGACCCUGCGAGAAGUCAACAUCACUGUCAUAGACAGAAAAACCUGCAAUGAUGAAAAGCACUAUGCUUAUAAUCCUGUGAUCGGACUCAAUAUGAUCUGUGCUGGAAACCCCAAAGGAGGGAGAGAUUCAUGUGAUGGAGAUUCUGGAGGCCCUUUGAUAUGCGGUGGAGUUUUAAGAGGCAUCACUUCUUUUGGACAACCAGGGAAAUGUGGAGACCCUCGAGCACCUGGAAUCUAUACUCGUCUCUCAAAGAAAUACCUCACAUGGAUAAUGAAGACAACAAAGGGAGCAAUUUAG